AAUUGUAAAUUGCACACAUAGCUGCGCUGCUCCCCGUGCUGGUGCUCAGACAGACAGAGCACAGGGACCAGAGCGCAGGGUAGUAACCACAGGAGCAUGGCUGUCACUGGGGACGAGACUGACACAGGCAGUGCCAGCGACCUGUCUGCCUACCACAUGCGGAACCCCGGCACUAGCUCCUCCCACCAGAGCGGGGCGGGCACCAGUGUACAUGACGCCAAACAGCUCACCGAGGACGCAAUCCACAAGAGGGCCAUCCGCCUCAUGAAGAACAGGGAGGCCGCCAGGCAAUGCCGACGCAAGAAAAAGGAGUACGUCAGAUGUCUGGAAAAUCGCGUUGCCCUGUUGGAAAACCAAAACAAAGCUCUCAUGGAUGAACUACGAAACUUAAAACUGCUGUAUCGGCACCACUGAAGAAUUUGGAUUUUCUGGGAUUUUUUUUUUGACAGUUUUUCAAGCACACACUAACUAUCCUUGUACGAAAUGUCAGUGGUUUGUCUGCCUAUGUGAUGCUGCACCAGCAAGUAGAGUCAGAAAUAAAAUAAACGUAAUAGCAAAAAGUACAAAAACGUGUACAGAAUAAGCAAAAAAUAUAUGCACAAUUGUUGAAACUGCACAAACACAUGAUUUCACAAUUCAUAGUUUACAAAAUAUUGAAUUUGUCACUCAUUUUGCUUCUCAUUGGACCGUAGGUAGUAAUAGAUUUGGAAAUAGAAAUGCCUUAAAGUCCAAAUUAGCUACACUUUUGAAGAAAUUAGAAAAUUUUUUGCUCUAUAAUUUAUUUAUUUUAUGUUUUUUGUUGUUAUUGAGAGUUGUAUGUUGUAUAUGCGGUGAGUUAAGAUGUAAAAAGUUAUAUUUUUUAAUGUAGGAUUGUGUAUUUGGUUACUCCUACUACUACUACUACUACUACUACUACUAUUCAACCAAGACAAGUACGUUUUGAUAGUAGGCCUACUCAGUGCUUAAAUAUCCAAAUGAGUUGGUGUGUAAAUGCUUACGAGAGAAUGUCAUAUGUGUUGCUUUAAAAGACGUUCUCCACACUAGUUAUAAUAUACAUUUGCGUAUUGCUCAAACUUUUUAAAUGGUGUCUUUCAAUAAAGUUUUACCUGACAAAGUU